GAAAGGAAAAAGUGAUUGUCGAACAUCUGUCACCAAGCAGAGGACUACGUCUGACUACAUCUAUGAGCUCGAAAAACCGCAACACCAUCAUGGCAUCUGCUUUUGUGAUUUUUUGAAGAGUGCCAAUCAUAUACACAUAUAGACACAUAAUAUAUAUAGAUACAUAUAUAUAUAUAUUCUCGAACUGGUGUUAAAUAAGUUUUUUAAGUUUCUAACAAAGAAUUCGUUUAUUCUGUUUUUUUUUUUACGUAUUUUGAAUCGAAAACAUGAGCUCUGGUAGACCCAUCAAAUGUGUCGUAGUAGGAGAUGGAACGGUUGGAAAAACAUGUAUGUUAAUAUCAUACACUACGGACAGUUUUCCUGGAGAAUACGUACCAACUGUAUUUGAUAACUAUUCAGCGCCCAUGGUCGUAGAUGGAAUUCCAGUAAGCUUAGGACUUUGGGAUACGGCAGGCCAAGAAGACUACGACAGACUUCGGCCACUCUCUUAUCCACAGACUGAUGUCUUUCUUAUAUGUUUUUCUGUAACAAGUCCUUCAUCAUUUGAAAAUGUUACUAGUAAAUGGUAUCCAGAAAUAAAACACCACUGCCCAGAUGCACCAAUGAUACUUGUUGGAACUAAAAUAGACUUACGAGAUGAUCGUGAAACUUUAACUGCCUUAGCUGAACAAGGACUAAGUGCUAUCAAAAGAGAACAGGGACAAAAAUUGGCUAAUAAGAUUCGUGCUGUAAAAUACAUGGAAUGUUCCGCUCUCACACAACGUGGAUUAAAGCAAGUAUUCGAUGAAGCAGUACGAGCAGUUUUAAGACCGGAACCACAAAAGCGCCGACAAAGAAGAUGCAUUAUGUUAUAAAUUACGAAGAAAAUGGAAUCUCACUGACCUAGGUAAACACACACUUAUAUGAAAUGACAGACUGAAAUUAGUUUGGUCAUAAGAAAAAAAAAAGAAAGGAUAUGUUAGAUGUAUCAAAAAAAGGAAAAGAUAGCAGCGCAUACAAUUUAAUAAAUUUUUCUGGCAGCUGCAGUUCACCGUGUUACAAAUAAAGUACAAUUUGCAACUUCCCGGUCCUAAUGUAAGUUGUAACAUUUAAAAACAAACAAACAAACAAGACUUGAAAGUUUAGACAACGAGAAAGUAUAAUAUUGUAAUAAUUUUACAACAUUUACUUAUUAAACCCAUAGAACAAAAAUUUUCUUACUAUCUUAACGUGAAGAAGGAACUUUUUAAAUUUAUACGAUAUUAUAUUUAUCGGUGAACUAGUCGAUACGACGAUAAAUAGGAAAACAAAUCACGAGAAAGAACAAUUUAACAAAUAGCUUUUCAAUUUAAUUUUGCAGUAGAUUUUAUUGAUUAGAAGUAUACUCAUUAAAUUAUUAUGAUAUUGCGUGAAUGUGUUGUGUCUGUCGAAGGAAAAAGAAAGAGAUUAAAAGAAAAAGAAAAAAGAAUAAUAACUAAAGCUUUACUCCAUCAUAGCUGCCAGAGUUUCGAUUUUUAUAUUUACAAUGACGGUAGAGGAAAGGAAGAAAAUAUUAAUUUUAGGAGAUAUACAUGUUAGUUACUAUAGCAAUCAAUAUACUAACAAAUUUUACAAGUUGAACAAAAAUUUAGUAUCAUAUAGUUUUAAAUAAAUAAACAGUGCCAUAGCAUCGAAAAAAAAUCAAAAAACCAACAACAAAUUUUUACAUCAAUCAAUUGUAUGCAAUAAAAUUAUUAAUGAGAUUUUGAAAAUGUCGAAUUUCUAACGUAAAUAAUAAAACAAGACAAGACUAACGAUAAGUUCGACAUUAAUCAAUGAGAACUUGUAGAUAUUACUAUUUUGAAAAAUUACUAUUAUUCUUCGUGGAAAUACUUCAUUGUUUACGAUUAAAAACAUUUUAUCAAGAUACGAAUAGUAAGAGAACAGAACUGUA